CAUAAAAAACCAACACCUUCUUCAAAAAAAUCGCGAAUGAAUCUGUAGUCUGCUCAAAACUCCAUAGCCUCAAUAUGGGCUUUGAUGAAGAUGAUAAUCCAUUUACUCAUCACCACAAAAACAAAUAUGAUAUCAACAGCAAAAUUAUGCUAAGUGCCAUAAUUUCACUAUCCAUAGUUGUUUUCCUCGUUACUAUUCUCCAUAUGUACAUUAGAUGUGUCAUUAGACGACGUCAAGCUAGACGCCGAGCUACGUUUAGCCCUGCGUGGAGCUUGGUUGCAAGUACUGUGUCACAAGUUGAGCCACCAAAAAAUGGACUUGAUCCAUCUAUUAUAGCUUCACUUCCAAUAUUUGUUUACAAGCAAAGUGAUGACCAUGACAUGGAUGAGGCAAUUACUAAUCCAAUUGAGUGUGCAGUUUGUUUGAGUAUUCUUGAAAAUGGUGAAAUUGUUAGAAAUUUGCCUAAUUGCAAACACAUUUUUCAUGUGGAGUGUAUUGACAAAUGGUUUAAUUGUCAUUCUACGUGUCCUAUAUGUCGAGCUGAGGCAAAACCUCAGAUAUUGCCUGAGCCUAGGGAGGGUGUUGUUAGUCGUAUUCCGCCGUCAGCGCCGCCUUUGGACGGUGGAAAUUUGUCUAUAGUUGUGAAUGUUGGAGAGACUUCAUCAUCAGGUAAAACUACUAUUGGUGGUUGUGGAUCAAGCUCGAGAUUGAGCUCGUUUAGAAGGAUUCUUAGCAGGGAGAGAUCAUCUCGACGACUUCAAGUUGAAGAUCCUGAGAGCAAUAAUGGCGGAUGCAGGAUUUAAACGGUGUUGGUCCUGAGUUGAGAAAAAACUUAGAUAUUAUAAUGUUUGAGUUGAGAAAAUGAGUUUAAUGUACAUAGUUCGACCUUGAAGCAUUGGAUACUGCCGAACCAACGAUUAUUAUUGCGGGAGACAAUAAUAUUAUGCAUUAGAUCUUGGGUUGCUGCCUUCAGUCCACAGGAAACCCGAGGUAGAUCUGCCGGCAUUCGCAGGCCCCGGAGUCCCCUUCCUUCUGUUUUAGAUUUCCUGUCUCUCUUCAUUUUGAGAACAGUUGUAUUUCUUCUAAACUAGUGUUUGUAGAAAUUCUUAGAUGUUCGUGAAAUUGUAACACCAGAUCAUUGGGGUAGUCAUGUAAUAGAGUUGUUGAAGUUAUAAAAUUUCCGCGCUUUAUCUC